UUUUCACGAAUUCCUCAAAACUCCGUUAUACUUGUUUACGAGAACUCCGUCUAAAAGCUCUUUUAGCCAAGAAUUUCUCCGUUGGAAGAGUGGCAAACUCGUAAAAUCAAGAAAAUACAGGACCAAAUAAAGAGUCCACAAUAUAAUAAGCUCACCAUCCCCGAGUCCCCCUCCAUAUUACCCACCCAUUCUGGCUUUUUUUUUUUUCAGUAUUUUCCCGGGUCUCAUCAAUACCACUUCCUGUUAAUUAGCGGUUUUCCGGCGACUUAUACCCGAAUGCAUUUUCUUCUGCCCGAUCCGACCCGAAUAUUCCUACACGCAUAGAUCUGAUUGAAUUCAACGAUCUAGUAAAAGACCAAGCUUCAUUUUCCUCGUUAGUCGGAGACGACAACUGAAUUCUCUAUUCUCUUCAAAACGCUGUCGUUCGCUCCGAUUCUUCGUCUUCCCGUACUCAUUCGGGUCUGAUCAUCAGCUCGAAGCAACAUCGAAGUCGCCUUGGCCAGAAUUGGAGUCUCCGAUACUUGGUUCUUAAUGGAUUGAAGUUAAACCUUAAAGUUCAUAAGCACUAGCUAGCUCAUCUGAAUUUUUUUUUUUUUUUUUUGAAAAGCGAUUAUUGUAAAAGUGAUUUGCAUAUUUUGGUUGAUCGGAGAGUGAGAGUGGGGAGGGGGGAUGACGUCGGGGACUCGGCUACCGACAUGGAAGGAGAGAGAGAACAACAAGAGGAGGGAGAGAAGGAGGAGAGCCAUAGCGGCGAAGAUCUUCGCCGGUCUGAGAAUGUACGGAAACUUCAAGCUUCCAAAACACUGCGACAACAACGAGGUCCUCAAAGCCCUCUGCAACGAAGCUGGUUGGACCGUCGAACCCGACGGCACUACUUAUCGUAAGGGAUGUAAGCCUGCCGAACGAAUGGAUGUGGUAGGUGCAUCCACUGCAGCAAGUCCAUGCUCAUCUUUCCAUCCAAGUCCAUGUGCUUCCUACAACCCCAGCCCCGGAUCUUCGUCUUUCCCAAGCCCUGCAUCAUCUUCGUAUGUUGCUAAUCCUAAUGGUGAUAGCAGUUCCCUCAUACCAUGGCUCAAAAAUCUCUCCUCUGCGUCCUCAUCAGCUUCCUCUUCCAAACUCCCUCAUCUCUACAUCCAUAGCGGCUCCAUAAGCGCUCCUGUCACUCCUCCACUGAGCUCUCCUACUGCUCGAACACCAAGAAUCAAGCCUGACUGGGAUGACCAAUCUACCCGGCCAGGCUUCGGUGGCCAGCACUCAUCCUUCCUGCCAUCUUCUACUCCACCAAGCCCUGGCCGACAGAUUGUUCCUGAUCCAGAAUGGUUUGCCGGGAUUCGGCUCCCCCAAGGAGGGCCAACUUCCCCAACUUUCAGUUUGGUCGCUUCCAAUCCAUUUGGUUUUAAGGAUGAGGCUUUGGCUGGUGGUGGCUCCCGCAUGUGGACUCCUGGUCAAAGUGGGACUUGCUCUCCUGCCAUUGCAGCAGGCUCUGAUCACACUGCUGACAUUCCUAUGUCUGAAGUGAUUUCUGAUGAGUUUGCAUUUGGAAGCCACGCAACAGGGCUGGUUAAGCCAUGGGAAGGAGAGAGGAUUCACGAAGAGUGUGGAUCAGAUGAUCUAGAGCUCACUCUUGGAAGCUCAAGAACCAGGUGAAGCGUAAUCCAAAAAUUGGUGUUGUUAUAGCCUUAGAUCCAGUGUUUGUGCUUUUUAGAAAAAAGGGUAACUAAAAGGAUCGAGGUGAGCACAAACAGCUGCUCUUCUCUCCCUCUUCUUCUUUCUCUUCUUCUUCUUUUUUUCUUGUUUUUUUUUCUUAUUUAAUUUUUAUUUGUUCCUAAGUUAUAUAUAGUGAGUCAAAGGUGUGAGGGUGGUUUUAAUUGUCUAUCUGAACCUAAAUUUUAAUGAAAAGGACUCUUAUACAUACA